AAUAUUAAAAUCUCUUACAUUCAUUCUUCAAGAAUCAAACUUUGUUUUGUUUUGUAUACUCACAAAAAUGGCACAACCUCAAAUCCAAGUCCACUCAUCAGCAACACAUUAUGAAACUGGUACCUACCAACCAUCCCCACAGCAACACCUUCGCAAGGACGUGUACAAAGGUGUUAACUAUCCCGACCGUCACCGUUACGACGACAAUGAUGACAAUUUCUCUUUUAACCUCUUUGAAAGAGGUCCUUCGAUCUCUCAAAUCCUCGCCACACUCGGAGGGAUUUUCGUAGGUGGGACGCUGCUUUUGUUAGCCAGCGUCUCAUUUUUCAUCAGUCUCGUUGGAUUGGCGAUAAUGACACCACUUUUUAUCCUUUUCAGUCCGAUUUUAGUUCCUGCUGUUCUAACUAUAGGACUAGCGGUGGCUGCGGUUUUGACUGCCGAUGCUUGCGGGCUGACGGGGCUUAUAUCGUUGUCAUGGGUGGCGAGGUACAUUAGGGUUGUACAAGAGACGGUGCCGGAGCAAGUGGACUGCGUUAAGGGACGUUUGGCUGACGUGGCAGGAUAUGUUGGACAAAAGACUAAGGAAGUUGGACAGAAGACUAAGGAGGUUGGACAAGACAUACAAACGAAGGCAAAUGAAGCUAAGAGAUCAGCAUAAAUUAAUGAUGGCAUCAUGAGUGAAAAUUAUGAUUAGUAGUGGUUAAUUUCAGUUAUAUUAGUUAAGUAAGUUUAAAUAAGUAUGGGAAAAUAAAUAAAUAAGUAUGCACUUUGGUAACUUUAUUUUAUUUUAUUAAUGUUAUGUGGGUUGGUUUCCUAGGUCUGUGUUCAUGUUGUUUCAUGACUUGUGUUGUAUUGUAUACUAUAAUAUGUAUAUUUUGUUGUUGGUUUA